GCACAUGAAGCUUCAAGUAAGCCUCAAUAUGAUGCCUGCUUGUUCCCUACUAAUUGCGUUCUUGUUCUGCAUCGACCACGUUGCACGUUUGGAAGCCAUCGGUGUCCACAAUUGGUCAACCAUAUUUAACAACAAUCCGUCAAAGAACUGGGUUUUCCUAGUCGCUGGUUCCAACACCUGGGUCAAUUAUCGACAUCAAGACAGCUUUUCCAAACCGGAGGCACAUUGGCUAUCCGAUGACCCGUCUUUCCCAGGCUUGUUCGUCAUGGAUGAGAUCAUUGGACCGUUCCUACAUCAUUUAGUUGAUAUGUGCCCUCUAAUUUUGACCACAUAUUUCUUAAUGCAAGCGAAAUACCGUGAACCCUAGUCUGCCAAUGUCGACAAUAUUUUCCUGAUUAUAUAGAGUGCGCAUUUUUGGUUCUUAGUAAGGAUGAAAUAGGUUUACACUGCAUCUCAGCCUUUCGACAUAGACUGCUUUCGCUUACAGAAAGAAAUUU